AUGCCCAUGAUCUCCGUCGGUGUCAAUUACCGUGUUGGUAUGCACGGCUUUCUCUAUUCACCGGAAAUGGAGACGGCUAGAUAUAAGCCAAAUAAUGGACUUGAUGAUCAGAGGCUGGCAUUGCGAUGGGUCCAACGGAAUAUAGCAGGGUUUGGGGGCGAUCCGGGGAGAGUGACCUUCAUAGGAGAAAGUGCUGGAGCAGCAUCUGGGUGUUAUCAUCUUCAUUCCAAGGAAGCCUUAUUUCAUCAGUAUAUCUCCAUGAGUGGAUCAUCCCUUCUUCGUCCCAGGCGCCUAGAGCUCCUUGAAAAGUCGUUCAAAUCGAUCGUGUCAGAACUUGGUGUCAGCAACGCUGCUCCCGCUUUGCAGAUUGAGAAAUUGUUGGAGCCCGGAAAUGCAAACUAUUUGGCCAAGUUCGCUCGCCAAUAUUCUGUCGGCCCAAUCGUGGACGGUGACAUCAUCCCAAGCGUUACAACGUAUCAGUCUCUCGUGAACCCGGCUGAUGCUUUUAAAAUGUUCCCUGGAAUUAAUCACUGCAAGAGAAUACUAGUCGGUGGCUGCCAAUUCGAUGGCAUGAUUUGGAAUUCUCGUCUGGCCGGAAGAACUGAUGUCUUUCCCAAAACUCUUGCCCAACAUCUGGACACUAUCCUCGACCCUAUUGAUAUUCAGCUUGCUCCCGCCAUUAUCUCAGGCUAUGACCUAGCAGUAGCUGCUACAGUAAAUACACCAGAGACAACCCUUGCGGUUCUGAAGCUUGGCAAUGAUAUCUGUUUCGCACAGGCUACUAGUACUCUUGCUCAGACAUGGGCAGCAUCGGGUGUUCCUGGGUCAAAAGCCUUUCUGUAUCAUUUCAACUGUCCAAAUCCGUGGGAUGGGCCGUGGAAAGGUGAAGCAACGCAUGGUCUGGACAUAGUAUUUGCCUUGCAGAAUUAUCGCGAGCACCUGUCAAUUGGCCAGCGUCGAAGCACAGAGCGACUUGCGAAGGAUAUCAUCACCUUCGUGAACGGUAACGAGCCUUGGCAAGGCUAUGAUCUGGAUAAGCCUACCUCAAUGAUUUAUUUUGCAGAGGCUGAGGGCUGGGAAGAUAAAUCGGAACUUGUCGACGAGCGAAGCUUAGAGCAUACGAGGCAGAGAUCAGUCCUCCAUGAGGUGGCUAGCAAGGGAGCGCUUGACAAGGUGAUGGAUGCAUGGCAGAUGUUUAUGCGAGGCCCCUAG